AUGACAUGUGCCAAAUUGUGUUUGUGUUACUUGUGUCCUGGAGAUGUCCAGCAGCCAAGUGCUCGUCAGGAGUGGAGGAGCUCGCUUUUGCAGCAGGACAAUUCACAGCUUCCCCACAUCAAGGAAGAAGAGGAAAUUGACAUCAGCAAGUUGCCACUACCUGUUGUGAAGAGUGAAGAGGAGGAAGAACAUCCCGCUCACUUCAAAAAAGAGGACCAUCUCCACACUGAGGAAGAGGAGCAAAUGGAUGUCAGCAAGUUGCCAGUGAUUGUGGUCUCUGUGAAGUGUGACGAUGAUGAAGAUGAAACACCCCAGUGGUCGCAGAUUAACCACGACAGCACAAGUGGAGGUACACUGCCGAACAAUCUGUUAUCGCCGCUGUCGGACACGGAUGGCAUCGAAGAACCUUUGAGGGAUGACGCAGAUUACGAGGACAAGCAGUUGAAUUGUGGAGAGAAGGAGGCAGCUCCUAAAAAGAAAACUUCUCACACACGUAAAUGUCACACAUCUGAAGAACAUUUCAGCUGCUCAAUUUGCGGAAUAAAAUGUGCUCAAAAUCGACCCAUGAUUAGACACAUGAGAACACACACAGGAGAAAAACCUUUUAGUUGCUUAACUUGCGGUAAGGCGUUUUCUCUCAAGGAAUAUAUGAAAUCACACAUGAAAAAACACACAGGUGAAACCCCCUUUUGUUGCACAUUUUGUGGUAAAAGAUUUUCUCAAAAGAAAACAUUGCAAUCGCACAUGAGGACGCACACUGGAGAAAAACCCUUCCGUUGCUCAUUGUGUGGUAAAAGAUUUGCUCUCAAGCUAAACAUAGUCAAACACAUGAGGACACACACAGGGGGAAAAUGCUUUCUUUGCUCAACAUGCGGUAAAACCUUCUCGGAACGGCAUCGUCUAGUAUCGCACUUGAGAACGCACACGGGAGAAAAACCAUUCGCUUGCUCAACUUGCGGUAAGACCUUCUCACAAAGGCAUCAUAUGGCGUCACACGUGAAAACACACACAGGAGAAAAACCUUUCAUUUGCUCCGUUUGUAGUACGGCGUUUUCUCGAAAAGUCAAUCUCGAGAUACACAUGAGAACGCACACUGGGGAGAAACCUUUUCGUUGUUUAACUUGUGGUAAAACGUUCUCUGUCAAAGCAACCAUGGUCAAACACAUGAGAACGCACACAGGAGAAAAACCCUUUCAUUGCUCUGAGUGUGGUAAAAGAUUCACUCAAAAGGUAAACAUGGUAAUACACAUGAGAUCUCACACUGGAGUGCAAGAAUUUUGUUGAUCCGCAAAAACAGAGUGG